AUGUCGUUCUAUCCUUUUGGUAGUGGUUCCCCACAACAGCAGACCGUAAAUCAACAAAAUGUUGCAAUGGCUGAACAAGAAUUAGAAAUGAUUACUGAUACAUUUUAUAGGAUUGUUGACAUGUGUUAUAAAAAAUGCAUCCCACCAAAAUAUAUCGAUGGUGAUUUAAAUAAAGGCGAAUCCGUUUGUAUUGAUCGCUGUGUUGCCAAAUACUUUGAAGUCAAUAUGAAAAUCGGAGAGGCGUUACAAAAGAAGGGGCAACAGGCUGGC